AUGGCAAGCGUAUCUUCAAAAACUGCCAACAAUGCUGUGGCGUUCGUCAAUGGCCGGGUUUGCACCAUGGAUGUAAAGAAGCCAUGGGCGCCUGCAUUUGUUGUUUCGCCUACUGGAGAUUUUGCGACGGUCGGCUCAGACGACGAGAUUCGAGCCAUCGUGCGUAGGGACAAGCUCGUGGUGUAUGAUCUUCGACAGCACUUUGUCAUGCCGGGGAUCCACGACGCGCACACACAUCUCCUCGUGGCAAGCAUGCAAAAGCUCAAUGAGUGCGACAUUGGAUUCGGCUCAAACGGCGAAACCCUUGCAGGUAACCUGCACCGGGCUUCUUGUGCAUGUGCCUACACGAACUUUCCCGACGGGGUGCCUGACAGCAAAUACCUCGACGACCGAUAUCCAGAUCAGCCAGUCUUGGUCCGAGAGACGUCAUGUCACAAUGUGCUUUUCAACACGGCUAGCUUGAAACGCUGCGGGAUCGACGAGCGUGAAACCCAGGAUCCCCCUGGAGGGUACUACAAACGCCGUGCCGACGGUUCUCUGACUGGAGAAAUCGUCGAAGGCGCGACACGCGACGUCUGGCUUUCACUGCCCCAAGCACCGCUAGCAUAUGUCAAGCGAACCUUGGAAUAUGGCAUCGAGAUGUGCCACCGCUUUGGCAUCACUUCUUGUCAGGAAGCGUCCGCCAACACUGUCUACCUCCACGCCUUGAAGGAACUUGAGGGCGAGAACCGGCUCCACCUAAGCGUAUACCCCCACAUUGUCUGCGCGCCCGAGGGGCCAGCCUUGGAGUCCGAAGACAGCCUCAGGGCGGUUCUGGACAUUGCCGCAACCUUCGACAGCAAGCACGUCAGGGCUCGAUUCGUCAAUUUCUUCCUCGACGGAGCACCUCUCCCGCCAGACUUCACGCAGUGCGACCUUGACGCCGACGGAAACCCAGACUCGAAAUUCCUCCUUCUGGAUGACGACAAGCUAUUCGACAGUCUCCAGAAAUACGACGCUCGCGGAAUGACCUGCAAGGUCCACGUCGCCGGAGAGGGUAGCGUGAGACGAGCCCUAGACAUUUUCCAGACAUUGAGAAACAAGCAUCCCAACGGGCCUUGGCAUGAACUUGCGCACUGCACUGGUUCUGGUCGGUUGAGGGGAAGGACGGACGGUGAUAGUCGCGCCAGAUGUGGUGUGUCGUAG